AUGACCUGCCAGGAUGCGCUUUCAAUUAUCACAGCGAUUUCUGAUGAGUCAGCUUGUCCCGAAAAAGACGAGACAACUGAAGUGGACAAAGAGAGAGAUGGGGCAGCAAAAACAACGCAAUUGCUCCUUCUGACCGCUCUGGUGUCCAUAUACACAGACAAGAACGCUCUGCAAGAAGGAGAGGUAGGAUCCGUCGUUGCGGUAGGAGUCGUCAAAUCUCGUAAAGGCAUCGACUGGAGGAUAUUCCGGAAUAUUGUUAUCUCAUGGGUGGUUACUCUUCCCUGUGCAGGACUUCUCUCGGCCGGUCUCAUGCUUCUAUUGAAGCUCGCGCUCUAG